UUUCUCCUUGCCCCCAUGAGCGGCGUUGCACAGCCGCUUAGAUCCUGUGCAGAUAUAUAUCCCCGCGCUCGUGUCCAUCUCCGGUCCUGAACUGAAAUCUAAUCGGCUUUGCUUUAGUUGCAAAAGGAGAACAAUACUUUGUGCCUGUCCUGCGCGGACAUAUUUGAAGUAAUGGGUCUUUCAAAGGAAAUAAUCACUAUUUUUUCUCUCCCUGCAUACUAAGGAUAAAUGCACCCAGCAUCAAGGGAAGUCCGUGCAGUUUUAGGAGCUGGAGAAUGUUGAAAACCUGUCGCAACUCCGAUGGAUUUGUGAUUUAACGGGCUUGUAAAGAGUUGUUUUAUUUUGGUGCUCGUAAUCUUUGAAAAUAUAUCUUUUCUUUCUGCUAUCGUUGACGGGAAACUGCUGAAGUGGUAGGCUUCUUUACGCAUCUAGAACGGACCCUUCGCCUGCUAUCGCACAGACUUGCAGCCAGUGCAGCGAGCCGGGCGUUUGCCGUACCUGGUCGGUAUGGAUCUGUCCAACCUUUGGGAAAUUGUGCAACGAAAACGUACCAUGGAAUAAUAUGGGAAUACAAUGGAAAUGGACCAAGAGAAUGUGAUUCGCCCAUUUGUGGUUAGACGUCUGGUAUCAAAGGUGAAAAAGUGAACUAUAUAUCAGAAGAAGAAAAGGAUCUCCCCCUCCUUAGGAGUAGAGUCUCCCAGAGAAGCCACCCAUCCAAGUCAUCCAUCUGUAGCCAUUAGGAGGACAGUGAGGUCCCAGAGAGAUGGUGUCACGAUGAAGCCGGGGGCUCCACAGAGGCUGCCGAAGAAGAAGAAUGAGCUCUGGAAGAUUCCGAGGAAAUCUGUGUCUUUUUAAACACGGUCUGUCAUUGGCUCCCAUCUGUUAGUGGGAGGUGCUUAGACAGUGAUUGACAGGUCUCGCCCUGUGUAGGAACCUAUGGCAGAGCCGCAGCACAAUACAGGUUCCUCUGUGUGACUCCACCAUGGACCACGUGCUCUGGGGGCUGCUGGUCCUGGGUGUGGUGGUGACGACGGCCCAAGCCUGCCCCAAGUACUGCGUGUGCCAGAACCUCUCCGAGUCCCUCGGCACUCUGUGCCCCGCCAAAGGCCUUUUGUUCGUGCCCGCCGACAUCGACAGACGCACCGUGGAAUUGCGUCUGGGCGGCAACUACAUCUUGCGCAUCACCCAGCAGGACUUUGCCAACAUGACGGACCUGGUGGAUCUGACGCUCUCCCGGAACACCAUCGGCUACAUCCAGCCCUUCUCCUUCGGCGACCUGGAGACACUGCGCUCCCUGCACAUGGACAACAAUCGACUGACGGAGCUGGGCCCGGACGACCUGAGAGGGCUGGUCAACCUCCAGCACCUCAUCCUCAACAACAACCAGCUGGGGCGAAUAUCCGAGAAGACCUUCGAAGACCUCGCUCCUUCUCUGGAGGAUCUGGACCUGUCCUACAACAACCUGAAAGGGCUACCUUGGGACAACGUCCGACAAAUGGUCAACCUGCACCAGCUGAGUUUGGAUCACAACCUGCUCGACUUCAUCCCGGAGGGGACGUUCGUGGACCUGGAGCGCCUGGCCCGUCUGGACCUGACCUCCAACCGGCUCCAGAAGCUUCCGCCGGACCCGAUCUUCGCCCGGGCCCAGGACCUGGCGCUGUCCACCACGCCCUUCGCCCCCCAGCUCUCGCUGAGCAUCGGGGGCAACCCGCUCCACUGCAACUGCGAGCUGCUCUGGUUCCGGCGUCUGGAGCGCGACGACGACCUGGAGACCUGCGCCUCCCCUCCCGGCCUCAAGGGGCGCUAUUUCUGGAACGUGCGUGAGGAGGAGUUCCAGUGUGAGCAGCCGCUCAUCACGCAGCACACCCACCGGAUGCUGGUGCUGGAGGGCCAGACGGCCAGCCUGCGCUGCGAGGCCGUCGGAGACCCAACGCCCACCAUCCACUGGAUCGCGCCGGACGAGCGCCUGCUGGGCAACUCGUCCCGCACAGUCGUCUACGGCAACGGCACCCUGGACAUCAUGAUCACAACCUCCAAAGACUACGGCACGUUCACCUGCAUCGCCGCCAACGUCGCCGGCGAGUCCACCGCCACUGUGGAGCUGUCAAUCAUCCAGCUGCCCCACAUCAGUAACGGAACAGGGCCGGCAGUGCAGCCCAAGUCGAGGCUCUCCGAUAUCACCGGGACAACCAGGACCAGUAAGGGCGUGCCCAAGCCCCAGCCCGAGCGAGCGGUGUCUGCCUCAGACGUGACCUCCACGUCCGCCCUGGUCCGAUGGUCUGUGAGCAAAGCGACUCCUAAGGUGAAGAUGUACCAGCUCCAGUACAACUGCUCCGACGAUGAAGUCCUCAUCUACAGAAUGAUACCCGCCUCCAGCAAGGCCUUCCACGUGACCAACCUGGUGUCGGGCACCAAGUACGACCUGUGCGUGCUGGCGGCGUGGGACGACACCGCCACCACCCUGACGGCCACCAACGUGGUGGGCUGCGUGCAGUUCUUCACACGCGACGACUACCCACAGUGCCAGUCGCUGCACAGCCAGCUGCUGGGUGGCACCAUGAUCCUGGUGGUGGGCGGCGUGAUCGUGGCCACGCUCCUCGUCUUCAUCGUCAUCCUCAUGGUGCGCUACAAGGUGGGCGACGCUGAUCCUCCGUCCAGCAAGCUGACCAACGUGAGCGACACCUACUCGCAGACCAACGGCGGCCGGCUGGGCCAGAAUGGCAUGCCCAUGCCGCCGCUGCGGCCCACGUCGUCCGGGGCGGAAGCCGGCGUGUCCAUGGCGUCCGGCAAGCCCAAGCCAAAGGUGAUGAUGCACAACGAGGUGGUGGAGUUCAAGUGCGGCUCGCUCCAGAGCAGCCUCUCCUCCUCGUCCUCGUCCUCCUCUUCGGGCUCGCUGGCAGGAGCGGGCGGAGGGGGGGCAGGAGGCUCCUACAGCCCCAACACCACGCUGGCCAACAUCUGGAGGUCGGCCAACCCCAAGCCCCGCGCCAACCUGGACCAGCUCCUGGGCGCCUUCAACUCCCUGGACCUGCGGAGCCAGGCUGGGGCCUCGGGCGCCUCCGGGAGCCGGCUGGGACGAGGCGAAGGGCUGUCGACGCCCUCGUCGUCCGCGGCGGCGGCGGCUCCCCCCACCGACAAGGAGCCUCUGCUGGGGAGGACUCUGGACUCGCGGCUGAGCCGGCUGCUCAUGCUGCCGCUGGACUCGCGGCCCAAGCGGAGCCAGUCCUUCGACAUGGGCGACUUUGCGUCGGCUACCGGCCAGCAGCUGUGCAGCUACCCGCGCCGCAUCAGCAACAUCUGGACUAAGCGGAGCCUCUCCAUCAACGGCAUGCUGCUGCAGUGCGACGAGGAGCAGGACACGGGAGGCAGCAAGGGCACCAUAGAUGGCACCUCCGAAUGGGUCAUGGAGAGUACUGUGUAGGAGAGACAGAGAGAGAGAGAGGGGGGGGGGUAAUGAAAGACAUUCUUGAGAUUAUAUAUAAGUAAAUAUAUAAAUGGAUAAACUAAAGAUAUAUGGAUUAAGGGAAAGCCAUGCUUCAAUGGACCCACAGAACAUUGUAUUGGGAUUAAGAGGGACGAGGUGUGUUGUGUGUGUGUGUCUCUCUCUCACACACACCUGGUUCUGCAUGAAGCUCAUCAGUGUUCAGUAUUGGUUAUGUUUCGUUUCUUCAGUGUUGUGACAAAAACAAGCAAACAAACAAACAAAAAAAAUUUACAUUCAUGAUACGCCUUUACAGUUUGGGGACUGAACAUUUCAAGGAUCAGGGUGAAGGGACAGCGGAUUCCCAUGCGUGCCAGAUGUGUUUUUAAUGUAUAGGUGAAUAAUCUGCUUAUGAGUUUAUACGAGUGUGUGUGUGUGUUGUGUCUGUGUGUGUGUGUGUGUGUGUGUGUGUGUGUUUGAGAACAU